AUGGCAAAGGAUAAGUACGUCGAUCCAGCCACGUACCCUAGCCUUUCCGACCACGAAAUCUCGACUGUCCGGAAGAUAUACGCCUUCACCGAGACAUACUUCCGGAACCCACGCUUUGACGCAUCCCAUGAUUUCAGACAUGUGCGGCGAGUCCUGAGCAAUGCUUUAACGAUCCUGGAGAAGGAGGAAGAGGAACGGAAGCAGAAGGCUUUGCCCGCGUUGAACCCACUGAGUGUGAUUUUAGGGGCGUUGCUGCAUGACGUUGAGGACAAGAAGUAUGUCGAUGUGACAACGGAUCAACAGAAGAUGACUCUGCAAAAGGCAGUGAUCGACGCUGGUAUGCCACAUAGCUAUGCAGAGCAUAUUCAACUGUUGGUUGAGGGUGUAUCGUAUUCCUCUGAGAUCAAAAACCCUCAGAAUGUUAAGAACCUCAUUGACAUCAUCCCUGAGCUGGCCAUCGUUCAGGAUGCUGAUCGGCUUGAUGCUAUCGGGGCCAUCGGGAUUGCUCGUUGCUUCACUUUUGGAGGAGCAAAAGGUGCUAGGAGUCUUCAGGACUCGAUACAGCAUUUCGAGGAUAAGUUGCUCAAGUUGGAAGGGAUGAUGAAGACCGAGACCGGAAAGGCGAUGGCAAAGGAGAGGUCGGACAGAAUCCGGGAGUUCAUGGAGUGGUGGAAGGAUGAGGUUGGUGCGACUGGUACAUAA